AUGGCCCAGGCACAGCAUCAGCAGAGAGAGGUAGCAUGGACCUCUCUGCAAUACAGAACAGAGUCAAAAACAAAAAUGAAGCUCACAAGGUGUGGAAAGAUUACCCUGGGUGUCUUAAUGAUGGUGACAGCAGCAGUCAUCAUUGGACUCAUUGUCUAUUUUGUCACCUAUGGUAAGAACUCUUUAUAUUUCUUUCUAAUACCUUUCUACUAUCACAUAAGCUUUAAAGUCAACAACAUUGACUACAACAGCAAAUUUGCAAAGCCAUAUUCACAAGAAUACAUGGACCUAAAUAAAAAAAUCGUAUCUUUGGUAAAUAAAACAUUUCAUGAAUCCAAACUAAGAAGACAGUAUGUCAAAUCUCAUGUUGUUCAAGUAAGCAACGCCAAAGGGAAAGUGGUAAUACAUGUUGUGCUGAAAUUUAAAUCCUGUUGUGAAAAUAGUGCAGCAAAAUUUUGGGAAAGGAUUGAAACCAUUUUACAUGAGAAGCUAAAGGGCCAAACUGGCUCAUUACUGAUAGAUUCUUCUUCAUUCAAAUUUUCAGACAUUGCAAUGCCAAUGGCAGAAAAUCUUCUCAACACCUGUUGUGGACAACGCACAAUAACUCACACUGGCAAUAAAAUAGCAGGGGGGCAGAAUGCAAAGGAAGGAGAAUGGCCCUGGCAAGCAAGUCUACAACAAAACGGUGUCCACAGAUGUGGAGCCACUCUGAGUAGUAACAACUGGCUUAUCACUGCUGCUCACUGUUUCGUAAACGCCAAUAAACCCAAAGAUUGGAAUGUUACUUUUGGACUUCUCUUAAGUGAUCCAAAGACACAACAAACAGUCAAGAACAUUAUAGUUCAUGAAAAUUACCAUUACCCUGCACAUGAAAAUGACAUUGCUGUUGUGCACCUGUCUUCACCAGUACCAUAUACAAGCAACAUCCGAAGAGCGUGUCUUCCAGAAGCUACUUAUAAAUUCCCUCCCAAUUCUGAGGUAGUGGUCACUGGAUGGGGAACCUUAAAGUCCAACGGAAGAAGUCCUAAUGUACUACAAGAAGGAUUUGUGAAAAUUAUAGAUAACAAAACCUGCAACAGUAGCAAGGCAUAUGAUGGAAUGGUCUCUCCUGAAAUGCUAUGUGCUGGGUUCUUGGAGGGACGUGUAGAUGCCUGCCAGGGCGAUUCUGGUGGACCACUGGUUAGUGCAAAUUCUAAAGGAACCUUGUUCCUUGUUGGUAUUGUAAGCUGGGGAGAUGAGUGUGCUCUUCCAAACAAGCCUGGUGUCUACACUCGAGUGACAUACUAGCGAGACUGGAUCAUGUCCAAAACCGGUCUCUAA